AUGAUUCGAACUUUUGUAAGAUAUUUAACAAGUAAAACAUUCAUUAAUCCAAAACCAUUAGCACCAAGUAAACCAAAAGCAUCUAUUGAUUUCGAUAAUGAUUUUCAAGAUGAACUUGAACUUCGACUGAUUGCUGGAAAAGGUGGCGAUGGAAGAUCGUCAUUUUCAAAAACAUUUCAGAAUGAAUUUGGAGGACCUAAUGGAGGAGAUGGUGGCAAUGGUGCUCACAUCAUCCUUCAAGCAUCGAAACAUAUCACAUCAUUAAAUAGUAUUAAAAACCUAUAUAAAGCUGAUAAUGGAGAAAUAGGUGAAGCAAAUUUUAAAAAAGGCAAAUCAGCUGAACAUCUUAUUGUUCAAGUACCCGUAGGUACAAUUGUGAAGAAAAUUAAUGGAAAUAUUGCUUGUGAAUUAAGAAAACAUGAACAGAAAUUUAUUGCUGCUCGUGGAGGUUUAGGUGGUAAAGGUAAUUAUUAUUUUUUAUCAAAUAUGAAUCGGGCACCAACUGAAUGUGAAUUGGGUGCUAAUGGUGAUAAGAAAAAAUAUAAACUUGAACUUCAACUUAUAGCACAUUUUGGUUUGCUUGGCUUUCCAAAUGCUGGCAAAAGUAGUCUUUUACGUGCUAUAUCACGAGCACGACCAAUUGUUGGUGAUUAUGAAUUUACUACACGCCAGCCACAACUUGGUUCAAUCGAAUAUGACGAUUUCGUACAAAUUCAUGUGGCUGACAUUCCUGGUAUUGUACCUGGUGCUAGUAAACAAGAACAAGGUUUAGGAAGUAAAUUUUUACGUCAUAUUGAACGAUGUUUAGCAUUACUUCUUAUUAUUGAUAUGAGUGUUGAACGUCCAUGGGAACAAUAUCAAUUAUUAAUGAACGAAUUACAUGAAUAUAAAAUGGACUUGACAAAAAAACCGAUUACUGUUAUUGGAAAUAAAAUGGAUGAUCAUGAUGCUAAACUUCAACUUGAUCAAACACGACAAUAUAUUCCAUAUCCAUUAUUACCGAUAUCAACAAUAGAAAAAAUGAAUAUUGAUAAAUUAUUGCUUUAUUUAAGAAAGCAAUAUGAUGAAUUGAUAACUGAUGAAUGGCGUGAUCGAAUAAAAUAA